CUGUAAGUAAAAGGCUUUUUGCCUGUUUUCCCUGCUAUGGCUCGAUUUGCGGUAAAUCUUAAAACUGUUUUUCAAUUUUAUAUCCCCACAUCAUCCAAACGAUCAAGAAAAAGUUGCACGUUGUGCGUUUUUAUGAGAUACAUAUUGAGAUCACCCUGUAUAUGCAAGAUGUGUGACUUGACACCACCUCGAUAUGUCUGUUCUUUCUCCAAGUUUUUCUUGUAUACUCUCUGGAGCUCGACAGCCAUUGACAGCUCAAGGUCAUGAAGAAUGUCAACAUGACGUUUCUCCUUUGAAAACAAAUAGAAGUUCUCCAGUAAACAGUAGUUUAUUGUGUACUUAUCUGAUUAAUGGUACUUAUUUAUAAUUCGCCAGUGUCGUACUAUCCUAUGUACCUGCGUAGAUCACCGGAGAUAUAAAGUGUUCGAAUACAUCCCUCCAAACAAUGGAGAAUUUAAGGAUAUAUGUUGCUACAUACAAUGUUGGUACAAGCAACCCUGAUCAUGACCUAAAAUGUAUGCUAUCCUGGACAGGGCACAAACAUGAAAAGUCUCCUGAUUUUUAUGUACUAGCAUUUCAAGAGGUGAAAGCACAACCCCAAAACAUGUUGAUGGAUACAUUAUUUGAGGAUCCAUGGACAUACAGUUGCAAACAACUGUUGAGAAAAGAAUAUAUUAAGAUAAAAUCUAUCAGACUGCAGGGUCUUCUGCUUGUUGUAUUCUGUUUGAAAAAGCAUUUGUUGAAUGUAAGGGAAAUUGAGUCGGAAUAUACCAGGACUGGGUUUUCGGGGAUGUGGGGAAAUAAGGGAGCAGUCAGUGUGAGACUAAGUCUCUAUGGAUGUUCAUUGUGCUUUGUAAAUUCUCAUCUGAGUGCCCAUGACAAUCAGCUCAAAGAGAGAAUAGAUGACUACAAUACCAUUGUACAGGAUCAAGAAUUUCAUGUUGCAGAAACAUCAAAGAUAUUAUAUCAUGAUUAUGUUUUUUGGACUGGAGAUUUGAAUUUUCGUUUAUUAGAAGAGUAUGACAAGACUCCAGAAGAAAUUGAACGCAUGAUUUUGAAAAAAGAAUUAAAAUCUCUUCUUGAGCAUGAUCAAUUGAGGGCUGUUAUGAAAAAAGGAGAGGCUUUUAGUGAACUUUUAGAACAAGAACCUGAUUUUCCUCCAACAUUCAAGUUCUCUGUUGGAACCCCCUUCUAUGACCAUAAACGCCGACCUGCUUGGUGUGACCGUAUCCUUUACCGUGUCAACUCCCACAAUUACGAAAACGUCACUCUUAAAGCGGAUCAACUGUCGUAUAAAUCUCAUCCAUCUUACACGUUGAGUGAUCAUCGGCCAGUCACAGCAGAAUUUGUAAUAAAGGUGUUUUCAGAUUACGCUGAACGGGUCGUGGAAUUCGACAAGAUUAUCGCUUGGAAUGAGAAAGAUGAGAACAAAGCGAUAUAUAGGUUGAAAAAGGAGUUGCCGCAUACAAAAGAGGAUUGGAUUGGCAUAUUUAAGAUUGGCUUUGACGCCCGAGUAUCAAAACAGAUCAAUUUGAUCUACUAUUCAUUUUCCUGGGUCCUCUUACAACUAAUACUUAUCAUUAGAGGAAGAUUUCUGUUCUUUGGAUGACUAUAUCACUUACGAAUAUGUAAGCAAGUGUGCCUCGCCUUCCCCCGAAACACCCACGAAGCAUCCGCAUUCACCCAAAUUUCAACGAGCUAAAAAGUUUGAGAUUACGUUUCCUGAGCUACCGAGCCGUUGUAAGGACAAGUACGUUCUGAUAUAUUUCAGUCAAACAGAAGAUAAAGUAACCAGCGUAUUGGGUAUAAGUAAUCCGUUCCCUAUAACUAAAAAUGAUAGCGACUAAUUAGAGAAUUACCAAUAUGUAGCUUGGAGAAUCUUUGGAGAAUUUAGACUCCUUCAUCACAAAACCCAGAAUGAUGUCAGUCACUGUUCCAUCACGAUUCGAAUAUGCCCAAGGCCAAACAUGAAUUAUAUAUUGAGACUGUCUCGGAACAAAAUAGAAAAACAGAAACAUUGUUUCACUGUUUGUGUUUCCGUGCAAACUUCAAUUUGCAGCAUCUGACCCAGUGAAAAAUGUUUUUGAGCUGUAAAGUGAUAACAUCCUAAAUGUACGUUUUCAUUGUUUUGGGGAAAAAAAGGUGACUGUUGUACAUAAGUUGUAUGACAUCUUAUGCCAUGAACGAUGUUAACUAUUUGCAUCAUGUCCUCAGGACUUUUGAGUGCGUUUCCAUUACCACUAGAACAUACAAUGAAAAUUUAAUCUUAGCAUUCAGUCUACGCAGUCAGUAUUAAUUUAUAAAAAGUGAUAUGACAGAAUUCCGAGUAAGCACUUACGCAUUUACAGUAUAAUAUUGAAGCAACAAUUUAGAAAAUAAAGAUGACACUUAACCCAAUAUUUUCUUACCAACUCAGAAUUGUGUAUAUUUUGUUUCAUAAAUAGUUGAGUACUUAUUUUGUUGCGUAUUUUUGUUAUGUAGUUUAUAAGAGAUUUAAUCGGUUGAUAGCGGGGUGUGAUAAUCUGUUUAUUUUAAUACUAAAUUGUAAGAUGUGAAACUAAAAUAAGCAGAAGUGGAGGCAACUAUAACAUAUGUAUAUAUGUGAAAUUUCCAAGUGCCCUAUGCCUCAAAAAGCUUUGUCCUUAAACCAGCUCUGGUAUUUGUAUGUGUAUACUAUAUAUAUAUAUAUAUAUUGCUAAACUUUUAAUGCUUGGACUUCUUGACUGAGAACAAAGAAAAUGAAUUUGUAUGACGAUUAAUUUUCAGAUCUUUGUUCAAACGCCAAAAUUUCCUUUUUAUCUAAUGGUAUCUUGCAGAGCUUGUAGUUCUAGUCAAAUAUGUACUGUACGUAUGUUAAUGGACAUUUAAAUUUUGACAUCAAUUUCAUUGGGUAUUUAGAUAUUAUUUAGAGUUUUAGCAAAUGUUGAUAUUACACAGUUUCCUAUUCCUAAUAGUGAAGAUUGCCUUGUUGGAAUAUGUAUGUAUCUUUUUGUACUUUGAGUUCAUUGAACAAUGAAAUAUUGUUUUAUUAACCAGUUGCUACAAAUAAUAAUUUUUGUAGUUCACACUUGUCACUAAAGAUGACCAAGUGAAAAAAGUGAACGAAAACAUUUGAUAAUUAUUUGAAAUUUUUGUACGACGUUUGGAUCCCAAUGGUGACCUCUUUCAAUUACAAUAGGGAAUAUGCAUGUGAUUCAAAUGACGGUUAUUUAUUUUUAUUUAAGCUAUAAAUUGCUACAGAAAGCCACCUUCAAUCGUUUAUGUUCUAGAAAAAAAGAAAAAGAAAAAUAAUAAAACUUGAGAGCAAACCAUAACUGCAAAUUAACCAAACAUGGGAUAAAAUGACAACGCAUGCGUUGCAAUGUUUACUGCAAAGCGGGCUAGAAAUGCGGCGUUUAAAUCAACGUCAUUGGUAUUUCUCUUUUAAAUAUGAAAAAUUGCAGACAUUUCCUUGAAUGAAAUAUGUGUGUUGUGGUAUAUUAAUGUAAAUAAUCGACAUAGAAUAUAAAAAAAAAACAUGCGUAUUCCCUAUUGACACUUUUGGCAAUGCACAUUUCUAUACACUGUGUUACUACAAAAGUCUGAACGGUUCUGUAACAUGCUGAGAUGGCGCGAUCUUAGAAUUGCAAUCUCAGCAUGUUACAGGUCCGACCAGUCUAUAGUAGUAACACACAACAAUGCGAACAUUUGAAUCAAACAAGAAAACAGAUGAAGUAUCACCCAGAGAACAGAUAAAUACAAUAUAUUAUCAAAAGUGUCAAUUGUGCUUGAAAAAGUUGUAGUUCGGGCUGAAACGUCGUACAGUAAAUUUAUUGGAAUUUUAAAAUAUAUUUGCUAAGAUUCGGCCAAACAAACAUGGCGGAUUAUCAGCAUGAAAACCUCAGGAGAAUGUUCAGAUGUUACAUCAAAACAUUUAAUUCCAAUUUAGUUUAACCCUGAUUAUUUAUUAGGUUUCCAAUUGAAAACAGGGAAAAUAUUGCCAUAUCCAGUUCUUGCCACUUUCCAACAGUAAUAGCUCUCAGGACGGCUUUUGCUAUUUGUAUUUUCAACAUUUAACGUAUUCAAAUAAAGGCGUCAAAUUUGUUGGAUGUACGACCAUUUGGUUGUGAAGUUAAAUUGGAUGAAUUAUGUUUACAAUUGUUAUUUUCAGGUUAAUUCAAUUAAAUUAGAUUCUUUAGAUGAAACUAAUAACAAUCUUGCUAAAAAAGACUUUGGGGAGGACUUAUUUCUUGAUACCUGUAUGACCUUUAUAUGGCGAGCUUCAAAUUUGGCUGACGUCGUAAUGUGUAUUAGAGAGAAGCGUACGCCGAUGACAACGCGCCAAGCCCCAGCUGCGUGCGUGGCCGCGUCACUCGGAUUGCUUGGCAACGAGGUGCUUCUAUCUGUUUCUAACACACGCAUUGCACGCUUCGCGCGCUUUUCUCUCGUACACAUUGCGACGUCAGUGGUAUAUGGAUUUCACUGUUAUGCUAUAACUUUCAUAUGGAAUUACGGAUCUUAGACCUUUGAAACCAUCAAUAAGGAGCUAUAAAUAGCGAAGUAUUUUCCAAUAUUAUUUGGUAAACUGUAGACUUGCUGCGAACCAUGAGCGUGAUUAGUUUACUAUGAAACUUCCUAAUAAACAUUUUGUUACCACUUUUUAGUUCCAUCAUAACAGUACCUAUCUAUAAUCCCCCAUGUUUGUAUGGCCAAUGAAACUGCAUGUCAAAAGUGUCACAUACUAAAGAAGGUAUUAAAGAAGAAUUUCAAAUACAUGUGGCUUCAUUUGCCAAACAAUUUAGGGGAUUAUCGACACGAAAAGCACAGGAUAAGCUUCAGAUGAUACAGUACCUCUAUAUAUUUUUGUAUUUUUUUGUCAUGUAUGAUUUGGAUUAAAUAUACUCCUGUUAUCAUACACGCAUACGACAUUCA